UGUAUAAAAUUUGGUCUAUCGUCACGGGAGAAUGAGCAGGACUCUGUAACUAUUUGUCGUAGUUCCUUCGGGACAUCAGAUCGAAUAAAAGACAUAUCUGGACUAAGAAAACCUUUCCCCACGAGGAAUAUAAUCUGCUCUCGACAGUUGUGUCCACGGAAGGGUAGUUGGCCGGUGAUCAACUCGUACACCACGAUGCCGAAUGCGUAAACAUCGGAUAAGUUAGUGUAUGGCGUUUCACCUUCCAUACGCAUUACUUCUGGGGCCAUCCAGAAGACAGAACCAGUGGGUUGGCGUGAUCCGCCCUUCCAUGUCUUCAUAGUGGAUAGACCAAAGUCCCCAAUCUUGACAGUUCGCUCCUGCAGAAAGAUAUUGCUAGACUUGAGGUCUCGAUGA